AUGUCUAUAAAGAACAUGGAAGCACAAUUACAUUCUGGCCCAUCAUUCUCAAUUGCUUCAAUUAUUCUCAACAACACCUAUCAUUAUCUACUAUUGUUACUUACAACAGCUUUCAAGAUGGCUACCGUUUUCGAUCUUAAGCAAACCUGUGCGAGCCUCGAGGCUCUAGGCUGCCCUCAAUACAACCAGUUUGUCAUCCUGCAGACUAAGGCAUACAGUGAUCCUGGCAAGUUACUCACUGGGCAUGAUCUCUCUGUUUAUAAGGAGAAGCGAGCGCUGUUGACAUUGAUUAAGAACUACUAA